AAAAAAAAAAAAAACAAUAAUAAUAUAAACCACAUUUAGAUCUCAUCACCUGAUAAUUUCCACAUUACUAGUAAAAAUAAUACUCGUAAUAAUUAAAAAAUAAAAAAUCUGUCAGCAUCAUCAUCAUGAAAGUAGCUCCUCCUCUAAGUCUUUCAGUUACUUUAUCAAUAGCUGCUUUUAUAAUAAUAAUAAUAAUAAUAAUGUUGGGAGAAUGUAGCAGUUUAUCUGAACAAAAAUCAGCAGUCAGUUACUCUUCUUAUGGGGUUUCAAAACAAGCAAUUAGGGUUUCAUUUGAAAAACAGAAGGUGAACAUGCAGCAUCAGUUGCUGUAUCCUUCUGCUGGUGGCACUACUAUUUCUGGUGGAAAUGAACUUGGAUGGUUACAUUAUACUUAUAUUGCUGUAGGGAUGCCGAGUGUUUCUUUCCUUGUUGCACUUGAUACUGGAAGUGAUCUUCUCUGGCUUCCAUGUGAUUGUGAGCAGUGUGCACCACUUUCUGAUUAUGAUGAGAAUGAAUAUAAUCCUACUCACUCAAACACAAGCAAAAGCAUAACAUGCAGCCAUCAGUUGUGUGAUCUGGGUCCAACUUGCAAAAACCCUAAGCAACCAUGCCCCUACACUGUUAAUUACGCCUCAGCGGGUACAUCCAGUUCUGGAUCAUUGGUUGAGGACAUAUUACAUUUAGCAGCAGAUGGUGUUAAUGCAUCUAACACCUAUGUAAGGGCUCCGAUCAUUAUAGGAUGCGGCAAGGAGCAAAGCGGUGGUUACUUGGAUGGUAUUGCUCCUGAUGGUGUUCUAGGCCUUGGGCUUGGUGAUGUCUCAGUUCCAAGCUUCCUUGCCAAAUCAGGAGUUACAAGAAACACUUUCUCUUUGUGUUUUGGAGAAUCAGGUUCUGGGAAUAUAUAUUUUGGGGAUCAAGGACUAUCAACCCAAAGAACUACUCCAUUUUUGCCAGUCAAUGGAAAAUACGUUGCCUACAUAAUUGGAGUAGAUAAUUUUUGUAUUGGGACUACUUGUCUUGAUCAAACAAGCUUCAAAGCUCAAUUUGAUAGUGGGACAACUUUUACCGUACUUCCAGAUGGAAUAUAUAAAGCAGUUGUUAAAGAGUUUGACAGACAAACAAAGGCGACACAGUAUAGGUUUGAAGGCUAUCCAUUUGACUACUGUUACAAAUCCAGUUCUCAAGAGCUGCCAGAAAGUCCAUCGGUGACAAUUAAGUUUUCAGUGAACAACACUUUUGUGGUCCAUGAUCCACUUUUUGUUGUGAAUGACAGCCAGGGAGAAACUGUUGGAUUUUGUUUAGCUAUACAAUCAACACCUGAUGAAAUGGGACUUAUUGGACAGAACUUCAUGAAAGGAUAUCGGUUGGUUUUUGACAGGGAAAAUUUUACGCUUGGAUGGUCACGAUCAAAAUGUCAACCUCUAAAGGGCAAAAAAGCACUUGGAGGUAAUGCCAGCUCACCAAUACCACUUCCGACAACGGAGCAACAAAGGUCCCCUCCUAACGCAAAUGCCGUUGCCCCCGCUUUUGCUGGAAAGACUCCAAAAUCUUCAGCCAACUCAAAUAUGUUAAUGUCAUCUUUUUUACCUAUCUUACUGUCUCUUCUUCUACUACUAUUUAAUCAACUAGGUGUCAGGUAUUACCUGUUUUAGUUCUUAGUAGUCAUAUGCUAUGGUAGCUAACUUAGAUCAGUUGCAUGAGAGGUGGUGUGUCAUCUGUUUCUCAAAUAUAUGUGUUUUGUAUGGGGUUAUAAACUCAUUCUAAAAUACUUCACGUAAAUAUAUCAGGUAUGAUGUUGGAUGGUCCAGUUUCUAGUAUAUCAUUGCAUAUAAUAAAAGAGUUGGUUUUUUUCGGUUU